GAGAGACAUAGGAGUGACCACACUGACCACAGGAGUGACCACAGUGACCACCGGAGUGACCAUCAGAGUGACCAUGGGCAGAGCUUUGAAUGGAGGGAGGGGCUCGACAGGCACCGGAGUGACCACACUGACCACUGGAGUGACCACAGUGACCAUCCGAGUGACCACAGCACCAUGCUGGAAAGGCACCAGAGUGACCAUCGGAGUGACCACACUGACCAUCGGAGUGACCAUGGACAGUGCUUUGAGAGGAGAGAGGGGCUGGAGCGGCACAGGAGUGACCAUUGGAGUGACCACACUGACCAUCGGAGUGACCACGGCUCCGGGCAGAGCUUUGAGCAGAGGGCAGCACUGGACAGGCACCAGAGUGACCACAGGAGUGACCACAGCACUGACCAUGGCUCCGGACACAGCAGUGGUCAGCAGGGCCACUCAGGACAGACGGACAGCGGUCACGGUCAGCAGGACCAGGACAGUGGUCAGCAAGGCAGCUCUGGACAGCUGGACAUCGGUGGGGAUGGACAAAGAGGCAGCAAUGGUCAGCGAGGGGGCUCCGGACAGCCAGACCACGGCAGGGGUCAGCGGGGCAGCUCUGGACAGCUGGACAUUGAUGGGAAUGGCCGGAGGGUCAAGCACGGCCGUGGUCAGCGGGGCAGGUCCGGACAGAGGGGCCUCAGAGGGAGCGGCCGAAGAGGCAGCAGUGGUCAGAGCUCCGGACAGAGCAGUGACCACAGCAGCGGUCAGCGGGGUGGCUCCGGACAGAGCAGUGACCACAGCAGCGGUCAGAGCUCCGGACAGAGCAGUGACCACAGCACUGGUCAGCGGGGUGGCUCCGGACAGAGCAGUGACCACAGCAGCGGUCAGAGCUCCGGACAGAGCAGUGACCACAGCAGCGGUCAGCGGGAUCGUGGCUCCGGACAGAGCAGUGACCACAGCAGUGGUCAGAGCUCCGGACAGAGCAGUGACCACAGCAGCGGUCAGAGCUCCGGACAGAGCAGUGACCACAGCAGCGGUCAGCGGGGUGGCUCCGGACAGAGCAGUGACCACAGCAGCGGUCAGCGGGGUGGCUCCGGACAGAGCAGUGACCACAGCAGCGGUCAGCGAGGGGACUCCGGACAGAGCAGUGACCACAGCAGCGGUCAGAGCUCCGGACAGAGCAGUGACCACAGCACUGGUCAGCGGGGUGGCUCCGGACAGAUGGACAUUGACAGCGAUGACCAACAGCCCACGCCCAGCAGCGGCCAGCAGCACGGCAGCGAUGACCACAGCGAUGACCACAGCGAUGACCACCCCAACUCCCACCCCCCCUGCACUGACCACUGCCCACUGA